UAGGUGUGAGCCAUUUGGUAUAGUAAAACCUAACAGGGUAAACACCAACUCAUUGGCCGGUUUAAACAACUGUCCUUGCAUUAUGCAUACACAAUGUACACCACAGUAUGUGUCAUACCAACACUGUAGAUCCCAGUAGAUUUCCACAGUAGAUUUGACAUACACUAGGUUAAUCUCCGUAACCAAAAAUACCCUAUUGUCUUAGCUUAAUAGAAAAUGUCGCAACUAAAAGUGAAAGUCACCCAGUAAAAUACUCCUUGAGAAAAAGUCUAAAAGUAUUUGGUUUUAAAUAUACUUCCAUAUCAAAAGUGUAAAUCAUUUCAAAUUCCUUAUAUUAUGCAAACAAACAAUCCUCUUUCUUUUUUAUUUACAGAUAGCCAGUGGCACUCCAAAUAAUUUACAAACAAUGCAUUUCUGUUUCGUGAGUCCGCCAGAUCAGAGGCAGUAGAGAUGACCAGGGAUGUUCUCUUGAUAAGUGCGUGAAUUGGACCAUUUUCCUGUCAUGCUAAGCAUUCAAAAUGUAAUGAGUAAUUUGGGGUGUCAGGGAAAAUAUAUGCAGUAAAAAGUAUAUAAUUUUCUUUAGGAAUACAGUGAAGUAAAAGUUGUCAACAAUAUAAAAAGUAAAGUACAGAUACCCCCAAAAACGACUUAAGAAAAAAUACUUUAAAGUACUACUCAAGUACUUUACACCCAUGGUAACCGAGAACUGGAAAUCCCUAUGUCACGUAGUCUGUCCUAGAGAUUAAAUGUAGGUGAACUUUACACCAAAACUCUAGAAACAAAUUCCACAUUUCACCACAAAGAAUAUUAGGAGCAUAUGUUGUACUAUUGUAAAUGUGGGCAUUUUCACUAGAUCGUAACUUCGUCUAGAUACCUUUUACAUUCAUGAGUUGAACUUGCACUGUAACAUUACUAAAUACUUAUAACCACCACAGCUUUUGACCGUUUCAUCGGCAUCCAUUUCUAGUUCACUAAUGUCUGUCAUCAACAUGUAUCAAGCAUAUCAACCUGCAGGCUGAUGCCAAAUGCAGGACAUGUGACACUAAACCACUAGCACUGAGGGGGAAUAAUGUCGCUCCAUGUACUCCACGCUAUUCCUCCCUUUAUUUAACUGCUGCACAGGAAUGAUGUAUUGUACCCAUAGUGAAGAGGAAAUAUUAUUGUCCUUCUCCUAGAUUUUCAAUAGUUUCAUGUCAAAUACAGCUGAAAUAGGAUCUGAAUUCUUUGUGAAUAAGGGUUCUAUGCAGAAGUUAAUGAGGUAAGGCCCAACAAAGGCACAGUGCGUGACAUGCUUGUGUUUCCUGUAGUGAGGCCAAGACAGAGCUGUAGGAGGUUUAAUGGAGCUGAAAGGAGGGACUGGAGGUGGCUGAUGUAUAAGAGAGAGGAGGAGGAGGAGGAAAGUCUCAGACAGGAUAUCGAUGACUGAGGGAACAGCACUGACUGACUGAUUGCCUAUAACAACACUCACAGCACGUCAUGUCUAGUGCCAUCUACAGCGGGAACAAAUCCGACGAUAACUGCACCAAUGUGGACAGCCUGAUGAAACGCUACUACCUGCCCGUCAUGUACAGCGUCAUUUUCGUUGUGGGGCUGCUGGGUAACGUCACCUCCAUCGCCAUCUACCUGAUCAAGCUACGACCCUGGAAGUCCAGCAUUAUCAUCAUGUUCAACCUGGCGUUGACAAAUCUUCUGUAUGUUCUGAGUCUGCCUUUCAUGGUCUACUACUACACCAACGGUGAAUCCUGGACCCUGGGCGACUUCAUGUGUCGCUUUCUGCGUUUCGGGUUCCACUUUAACCUAUAUGGUAGUAUACUGUUUCUCACCUGUUUGGCUGUGUUUCGAUAUGUCGUGGCGGCGCAUCCUCUGAGGGCGGCGCAGGUGCAGCAGAAGAGGUGGGGUAUCUUGGCGUGCGCUGUGGUCUGGGCCAUAGCCGUGGCAGAGAUCGUUCCCAUGCUCACCAUGAUCACCAUGGAGACUGAAAACAACAAGACCCAGUGUUUGGACUUUGCUAGCGGCGACCCGGCUGUCCUGUGGUGGUACGGCUGGCUGCUGACCGUGCUGGGCUACCUGCUGCCCCUGGUGGUGGUGGCGGUGUGUCACGCCGGUGUGGUCCGUGAACUAGCCAAGGGGCCCCACACCCACAACCCUUGCCGGGUACGGGCACGCCGCCUCACAGUACUGAUCCUGGUGGUGUUCGUGGUAUGCUUCCUGCCAUACCACAUCCUGAGGAUCCUUAGAGUAGACACCAGGAUGAAGCCUGAGUCGUCAUGUAUGCUGGUGCACUGGGUCCACACCGCUUAUAUCGUGUCCAGGCCCGUAGCGGGGCUCAACACCUUCUUUAACCUGGCUCUGUACACCCUGGCCGGGGACAAGUUCCAGCAGGCCUUCCUCAGUGUGUUCCCCUGGGGUUCCUGGUGGACCAGGUUCAGGACUCACCUCAAAGUCAGCCUGGCUGUCGUCAGUAAGCCCAGUAACACAGCUUCAGCCAAAAGGCCAGCAGCCAUGGAUAUGGCAUGAAAUAUAAUACAGUGUUCUGUUUAAUUCUGUGUGGACAUUACUAUCAUGGCAAUAUAUUUUCCUUCAAUAUUGUAUAUACUGUACUGUGAUCCUGUAAAUAGAAAACCUUUUAUCAGAUUUUAUUAUACGCCAAUAUGAGGUUUACAGCAUUGAUGUGGUUUCUAUAAAAAAUGUUAGAUACUUGUAAAGAGUGACUUUAUAUGUACUGUAUAGUCUAAUUGAUAUUGCCAUAUCACUUUAUUAUAAAUAAACGUUCAACAUAUUUGA